GUGAACGUUUUUUUGGUCGGGGCUUCCGAAUAUGUUUUAUGACGGUUGAUUUUACACCAGGAGGUUUGUCUCCGAGGAAGACCCAGGGAACUGGAUAUUUAGCGAGAACUUCCUACGGCUUCCCCGGCGUCUCGGGAAAAUGGGAGCUGCUGCAAAGUUGGCGUUUGCCGUCUUUCUUAUCUCGUGUUCUUCAGGUGCUAUACUUGGUAGAUCAGAAACUCAGGAGUGUAUUUUCUAUAAUGCUAAUUGGGAAAGAGAUAGAACCAAUCGCACUGGUGUUGAAUCCUGUUACGGUGACAAAGAUAAACGGCGGCAUUGUUUUGCUACAUGGAAGAAUAUUUCUGGUUCCAUUGACAUAGUGAAGCAAGGUUGUUGGCUGGAUGAUAUCAACUGCUAUGACAGGACUGAUUGUAUUGAAAAAAAAGAUAGCCCUGAAGUAUAUUUUUGUUGCUGUGAGGGCAAUAUGUGUAACGAAAGGUUUUCUUAUUUUCCGGAGAUGGAGGUCACACAGCCUACUUCGAAUCCAGUAACACCUAAGCCUCCCUAUUACAACAUCUUGCUCUAUUCUUUGGUGCCACUUAUGUUAGUUGCGGGGAUUGUCAUUUGUGCAUUUUGGGUGUACAGGCAUCAUAAGAUGGCUUACCCUCCUGUGCUCGUUCCAACUCAAGACCCAGGACCACCCCCACCUUCUCCAUUACUAGGUUUGAAGCCAUUACAGUUACUAGAAGUGAAAGCAAGGGGAAGAUUUGGUUGUGUGUGGAAAGCCCAGUUACUCAAUGAAUAUGUGGCUGUGAAAAUAUUUCCAAUACAGGAUAAACAGUCAUGGCAGAAUGAAUAUGAAGUCUAUAGUUUGCCUGGAAUGAAGCAUGAGAACAUACUGCAGUUCAUCGGUGCAGAGAAACGAGGCACCAGUGUUGAUGUGGAUCUUUGGCUAAUCACAGCAUUUCAUGAAAAGGGUUCACUAUCAGACUUUCUUAAGGCUAAUGUGGUCUCUUGGAAUGAAUUGUGUCAUAUUGCAGAAACCAUGGCUAGAGGAUUGGCAUAUUUACAUGAGGAUAUACCUGGCCUAAAAGAUGGCCACAAACCCGCCAUAUCUCACAGGGACAUCAAAAGUAAAAAUGUGCUGUUGAAAAACAAUCUGACAGCCUGCAUUGCUGACUUUGGGUUGGCGUUAAAGUUUGAGGCUGGCAAGUCUGCAGGUGAUACCCAUGGACAGGUGGGUACCCGAAGGUAUAUGGCUCCAGAGGUGUUAGAGGGUGCUAUCAACUUCCAAAGGGAUGCAUUUUUGAGGAUAGAUAUGUAUGCCAUGGGAUUAGUCCUGUGGGAACUGGCUUCUCGCUGUACUGCUGCAGAUGGACCUGUAGAUGAAUACAUGCUGCCAUUUGAGGAAGAAAUUGGCCAGCAUCCCUCUCUUGAAGACAUGCAGGAAGUUGUUGUGCAUAAAAAAAAGAGGCCUGUUUUAAGAGAUUAUUGGCAGAAACAUGCUGGAAUGGCAAUGCUCUGUGAAACGAUAGAAGAAUGUUGGGAUCACGAUGCCGAAGCCAGGUUAUCAGCUGGAUGUGUAGGUGAAAGAAUUACUCAGAUGCAAAGACUAACAAAUAUCAUUACCACAGAGGACAUUGUAACAGUGGUCACGAUGGUGACAAAUGUUGACUUUCCUCCCAAAGAAUCUAGUCUAUGAUGGUUGCACCAUGUGUACACACUGAGAAACAGGACUCUCAACUGGAGCUGCUAAUGAAACUGCAUACAGUUUAUUUUCUGUGUGAAAUGAGUAGGAUGUGUCCUAGACAUCUCAGAAAGAAGACCCUCAUUUCAAAAGGUGGCUCUGGGAGACUUAUGGCAUUGCCUGUAGCAGAGACAUACAUGAAGGACACGCGACUAAGAGAAAAGUUGUAAACUCUAUAAAGAAACUUUUGAAAAAAUGUACAUGAAGAAUGUGGCCCUCUCCAAAUCAAGGAUCUUUUUGGACCUGGCUAAUCAUGUGUUUGAAAACUGACAUCAGAUUUCUUAAUGUCUGUCAGAAGACACUAAUUCCUUAAAUGAACUACUGCUAUUUUUUUUUUAAAUCAAAAACUUUUCAUUUCAGAUUUUAAAAGGGUAACUUGUUUUUAUUGCAUUUGCUGUUGUGUUUCUAUAAAUGACUAUUGUAAUGCCAAUAUGACACAGCUUGUGAAUGUUUAGUGUGCUGCUGUUCUGUGUACAUAAACAAAGUCAUCUAAGUGGGGUACAGUAAAGAGGCUUCCAAGCAUUACUUUAACCUCCCUCAACAAGGUAUACCUCAGUUCCAUGGUUGCUAAAUUAUAAAAUUGAAAACACUAACAAAAUUUCAAUAAUAAAUUGACCCAUGUUUUGUAACAAGGUAUUACAAAUUCACUGUGUUAUUUAAGAAAAAAAGGUAAGCUAUGCUUAGUGCCAACAGUAAGUGGCCAUUUGUAAAGCAGUGUUUUAGCUUUUCUUGUGCUAGCUUGUGAUUUAAGGAAAAAAAAGUG